GUGAUGAAGAGGGCAUGCGGCUUUGUUGUUUUUCGAUGGAUGAAUGGUCAGCUGGAGUAUUUACUUCUGCAAGCUUCUAAUGGAGUCCACCACUGGACACCGCCAAAAGGUCAUGUAGAUCCAGGGGAAGAAGACUUAACAACUGCAUUCAGAGAAACAGAGGAAGAGGCAGGGCUGAAGUCAACCCAGCUGAAAGUUCUGAAUGGUUUUCAGAGUAAGAUAAGUUACACGGCGUGGGGUCGCCCGAAGGAGUCGGUGUACUACCUGGCCGAGCUGCGCGACGCCGGCGCGCCGGUGCUGAUCUCGGAGGAGCACUCCGACUGGUGCUGGGCGCCCGUGGAGCGGGCCUGCCACCUCGUCAGCUAUGCCGAGAUGCAGGGCGUGCUGAGAGAGGCCGAGCGCUUCGUGACCGGCGCCGCGCCCGACGCUCGGGGCUGAGCUGGAGGUGGGAGGGGGCGGCCCCCAGGCGGCCCCCCGCCGGGCUGCCCGGACCGAGCAGUGGCGAGCCGGGCCCGCGCCGACAGGCGGGUAGGCUCGGCCGGCUGUCACGAGACUGCCCGCCAUACCGGCGGAUAGGAAGUGGCCUGCCGCUUGGAGGCCCCGUAGGAGGCCGCCCUUAUUGCACCAUGGAAGGUCAACAUCUAGGAAUUGGGAUCGGAUGUUCUGCAAUUUCAGUGUUAACGAAAUGCAAUGUACGGCCUAUCCAACUGGUUUGCAAACGCCACUGGAUAAUGCACCAUGUUCUAAUGUAUCAUUUUUUUUGAUGAACAUGAAUAGCAUGUUACCUGUAUGCUGACGUGUUGAAUCAUGAACCGUAAGUCGCGGUGAGGCGGGUGAUAUGAUGUUGGUGUGUUAAAACUGUCAGAACAGUCGCGCUGUGUCAUCCAGAGGGUUGAAUGAAAGACAUUGAUUUCACCGACUUGUCCUUUUUAAGUGUUGCUGCUCAUCUCUCUUCAUGCAAGGUGUGCGAGGAAUAAUUAUACACGAUUAGUACAUAGGAUCAUGGCUAGGUCAGUGGAGCAGUUUUAUCUCAGAAGCAUUGGAUGUCAUGUUAGGCAGGAGUUCCGACCUGUCUCAAUAAACGAGCAUCAGUACUUGAGCAGCCUAAUGCUGGUUGACUUGUUGCAGAUACCCGGUAAUCACCUGUGAUUAUAAAUAUAUAUUUAUUACAACGA